GUCGAGAUUCCUUGACAGGCAGCAUCGACAAUAACAUUGUUCCAAUCAUCAUCAUGACAAGCCGCCGUGUCCUGGGGUACGUUUGGUCGGUGUUUGUCGCGCAAUGGCCGACGAUUUCCAGUCACACCGAAGCUGCCGUUGAGCGCAUUCGCACGUCCGAGCUGAGCGAUGCCGUGCGGGACUUGUCUUCGUUCUCGCUGCACAUGUUGCUUCGGUUCAUGCAACUCGUGACGGCGCUGGUCCUUCUCCUCACGUCGGCGUCGGCUAUCUACGCGUGCAUGUACUACCUGGUCAUGCCCACCAAGAUCCUGCAGCGACCGCUAUACUUUGACUAUGGAGUCCACAGCCUCGUCCUUCAUGCUAACGAACACGUCCAUUACACGCAUCGCGACAACGUCGCCGCGUCGAUCAUUCAUCUGCCCACAGCGACGCUCGAUCUGUCCACGGGGCCCAAUGGUCGAGAUCAAUGGACGUACGUGGAUGUCGAGGACGCGGCUCCAGUGGCCGCGCUGACGCCAGGCGCCAAGUACGAUCUCGUGGUGGAUUUAGAGCUAGCGCAAUCCGCCACGAACGUCGACAUUGGCACAUUCAUGGUGCGGACCGAAGUGCUGUGGAACAACAUCACCACCGCCCGCAGCGCUCGCCCGGUGUUUGUCCAUCCAGGCCACUGGGUGGUUGACCUCUCGGCUCGCCUCGUGUGGCUCUUGCCGACAUUAGUCUUCGGUCGCCAUGGGUACAUCAGUCAAUCGCAGUCGAUCCUGGCCAUCAACGGCUACAAGGACCUGCGCCACCGCCCGCUCACCGCCGUCCGCGUCGAGCUCAGUCAUCCGCGCGUGCAAGUGGCUCGGGCGUCGCUGAGUAUCGUGGCCCAGCUGUCGGGGCUGCGCUAUCUCAUGUACCAUUGGUUCACAGUCACUUCGACACUCGCUAUCCUCAACAUCGCCGGCGCCCAAGUGUUUGGAUGCUUUGUCUUGUACUUGUACCUGACGUUUCCACCGGUGGAUGAACCUCCAGCGGCGGACCACGAUGAUGGUGACAAUGAAGGGGAUGAGGAGCUACUCGGUGACCUUGCGAGCAAUGACGAAGAAGAAGAAGGCAGUGGGCUGUGUGGAGACUUUAACACACAAGUGUUUACAGCCGAAAGCACGGCGCACCUGCGAUGGCCAUCGUCCCAACCACAUGGAGCAGCCAAGGCGACGUAGUUGGCUAGUCCCCGACAUCAUACUGUACUCAAGAAUCAACGCUAAAUACCAUACAUGCUAAUAUGAUUGUUAGACGAUCAAGGAGCAGCACAUUUCUACUGUAACUUAUGGCCGUCAAAGUGCAACGACUGCACAUUUGAGUUAACGCAAAUGGCCAAUAAUUAAAAUAAUACGU